AUGUUGGUAGCUACUAUGCCCACCAGCACCCAAUUCCUUCAAGUCCCGAAACCACUACCCAACCGGAAGUCACGUUCACGAUCCAGGAGCAGACAAAGAGACAUGCCUCGCGAGGUGACCUACUCGUCGACUCAGGUCAUUGUCUCCCCCGACAAACUGAGCUUCCGAGCCCAGUCUCCGCCCGCGCCUUUCCGACCGGAGCCAUACCGACGGCCGUCCCCUGUCAAUGCUUUCACCAAGAUGCCCAACCAGUGGACCAACGGCCACCGCGUCGUUUCCGCGCCACUGCCCAGCAUCGAAAUCGAAGACACGCCCAUGUAUGAAAAGACCGACGGUACCAACUACGACGACCUGAACGAGGGAUUGUACACCAUGGAAGAAUGCGUGACACCGCCACCCGCAAUCCCGCUACGACAGAAGCUCAUUGGAGCUUGGAAGUUGAUGUCCUAUAUCGCCUAUCCAACUCCCCAAUCACCCGUCCAACGACCUACCUAUCCCAUGACGAAGAAUGUCACGGGUUUCAUCCUCUACACGCCGGAUGGAUAUAUGUCGGCACAGAUGCUCAUACCGGGACAACAGAGCUUCAAGCGUGGAGAAGGAGAAGAGCCGCAAUGGGCAGAGGCCGGCAAGCGCUGUUUCGCGUAUUGCGGACCGUACUACAUCAACAACGAAGGGCCCGGUCGCGAAGAGAUUCUCCGGCAUACUUUCCAAUGCUGCAGUUUACCCGGCUGGAUCGGAGACAUUCAGAUCCGAACACACCAUUUCGAGGAGGACGGGCAAGUACUUGUUCUUGGAAGCGAAGAGCCCACAGAAGUCAAGGUGAGUUUGUCCUUGCAUUGAAGAUGUCGUCACGCUUCCUCUACGCGUCAUUGAUGCUUUAUUGCAUUCUAUUCUUGGUGAGAACACCUAUAACUGACAUGAUUUGUACAGGGCGACCGGCGUAUUCCCGUCCUGAAAUGGCGACGAGUACAAGAUAACGCAAACGGAGUACCGCCACCGCCCACGCCCCAGAUCAAAAUCAGCGGCCCCGGUGAGCCUUGA